AUGGUGGGGAACCGCUGCCGGAGCGCCGGCCAUAUAUACUGCGAGGCAGACGGCCGCGGAGGGGCAGCUCCGCAUACAAGCCUCACUGCCCACGACCCCAAUGACAUGUGGGGCCAGGUGCUGGAUGGGCCGUCCUGUCAGUGGGACGGAAGGGGUGGCGUGCUGGUGCGGCGGGGUUCUUCUGGGGGAUGGUGGACUGGUUCGUUGGCUGACUUGGUUGGCUGCCACUACUGGAUGGACCUGGGGAAAGACCUUCUGAAGAGCGCAAGGUGCGUGCGUGCUAUGGAGAACGGCAAUGCCUUACCUUCUGGUGUCAGCAGGGACACUUUGCCCCAGGAUUUCCCCGCGGGGAUGAGGGUCCUCGUGGUGGAGGACGACCCGAACGACCUCGAGGACUUGACGCAAAUCCUCGACAGGUGCGGCUACAAAGUGACGGCGAAAGCGUCGCCAAGAGAAGCGCUGAAAGAGGUGGAGGAGAACGGCGAGGGCUUCCACUUCGACAUCAUCAUGACCGUCGUGCAUGGUGGCGAAGGAGAUGGGUUCGAUGGCUUCAACCUCCUCGAGCGCGUUCGGGAUCGUUACCCGGUCAUCAGUGAGUAUUCGAUAUGUCGCACAUAUAUGCAUGCAUGGUUACUGUGA